GUGUAUGUGUGGCGGGAGGCGGAGAGAAAGACCGCUAAAUUGCGGUCGCGCGAGAACGGCUCUCGGCGCUCAGAGCGCAGGCGCGAAGGAGUUGGCUGGGGUCCGGCUGAGGGCGGGCUUGAGAAGGCGUCGUUUGUCUUUGGAGACCGUCACCGGGUCGUCUGUUCAACCGCGGACUAGAAAGCUUUUGUCAGGGGCCUAGUCGAGAACGAGGCCCGCGAGGUUCCCGAUGGUGUCCAUGACUUUCAAGCGAAGCCGCAGCGACCGGUUUUACAGCACCCGGUGCUGCGGCUGUUGCCAUGUCCGCACCGGGACGAUCAUCCUGGGGACCUGGUACAUGGUGGUCAACCUAUUGAUGGCAAUUUUGCUGACUGUGGAGGUGACUCACCCAAACUCCGUGCCAGCUGUCAACAUUCAGUAUGAAGUCAUUGGCAAUUACUAUUCAUCUGAGAGAAUGGCUGAUAAUGCCUGCGUUCUUUUUGCCGUCUCUGUUCUUAUGUUUAUAAUCAGUUCAAUGCUGGUAUAUGGAGCAAUUUCUUAUCAAGUGGGCUGGCUGAUUCCAUUCUUCUGCUACCGGCUUUUUGACUUCGUUCUCAGUUGUCUGGUUGCUGUUAGUUCUCUCACUUACUUGCCACGAAUCAAAGAGUAUCUGGAUCAGUUACCUGAUUUCCCCUACAAAGAUGACCUCCUGGCGUUAGACUCCAGCUGCCUCCUCUUCAUUGUUCUUGUGUUCUUUGUGGUAUUCAUCAUUUUUAAGGCUUACCUAAUCAACUGUGUUUGGAACUGCUACAAAUAUAUCAAUAACAGAAACAUGCCAGAGAUUGCAGUGUAUCCUGCCUUUGAAGCACCUCCACAGUAUGUUUUGCCAACCUAUGAAAUGGCCGUGAAGAUGCCUGAGAAAGAGCCACCGCCUCCUUACCUGCCUGCCUGAGGACAGUCUGCCUUUGUCAAUAAACCUAUACCAGCUUCUCAUCUUGUAUAUUUUACAGAAUGCUGCAAUGCUGGGCUCUCAGACUUGUGUGAUAUAAAGUACAUUGUCUUUUGUUUAAGCAUUUAUUUUCAAACACUAAGGAGCUUUUGGACACUGAUUAAAAACUGUUUCUGUUAGGUCUAUUACAUUUUAAAACCCUUUGAAGACAAUCUAGGUUAAGCAAGAGGAAGGUGCCAUUGUAAGCCUUUAAUGGAGGGAUGGGGAGGGGAAGGGUAGUCUCCGUGUAUUUUUUUUUAUCUUUGCACUUUCUUUGUAUAAUGGUUUGUGUUUUGGAUGUUUGCUGCCCUGGAUAAUUUCAGGAAGAAUGAAUUCAGGAUGAGUGAGUUGGGCAUAAGAUCUGUCCGAAACAGGGAAAAUAAGUAACAUUUUGACUUGACCAUGGAAGUCAGUGGUUGCAUGUUUCUAAUUUGUACGUUUCCAUCUUUGUAAUAAGAUGCUUUAAUAAAUCUCUUAAAUUUUUCUGU